AUGGAUAAAACCACGUAUGCAAAGCUAAGUGCAGGAGAUCCAAGCUCGCGGCACAGCAACAUAUACAUACACACCAUUCUGACUGCAAUUAAAAAGUGCAACAGGCCACUGUCCUUCAAGGAGAUUGAGCUGGAGACAGGCAUAAAUAUAGAGAGUACGCCUGGGCUGUUUGACCUAUUAGUGAAGAAUCAAAGACUUGUCAUAGAAGGAAAGACUCUUCGGUUCAUCCCUCUGCAUAAAAUUGAGAGCGAAGAAGAGUUGCUAGAAAUACUUAAAAAAACAAAUUCAGAGCACGGAAUUCCUGUGGAGGAGCUGCUUGAUAGAAGCAACGACAUCACGCCAUUCAUAGACAGCCUGGUCCAGAAAAACCAAGCAAUUGUUCUGAAGGACAUUGAUGGCUCAUCAACUAUUUUCUACAACUCAAUGAAUAUAAAAAACGUGGACCCAGUAAUCAUAAAGCUAUAUGAGGAGGUAAGUGUUCCAGAGCCACGGGAGCUUGCCAAAAAGCUAAUGAAUGCAGGAAUGACCAUGAACAUUUCACAAGAGAAGCCUGCAAGAAAGGCGAUUCCCAUCCAGAAGAAGAAAAAGUACCACAGAAAGAUAAAAAUCACCAAUACGCAUCUUAACAACCGAGAGCUGGGGAUAUAG